UGGCUUUGGUUUGAUCGUGUAUUCGUUUGUUGUAGUAACAGGGACCUGAUUUACUUGAGCUCCAUUUUGUUAUCUUACGUUAGCGCUGUGAUCUAUGGCUGGUCUUGAUAAUAAUUACUGAGAUUCAUGUUUUGAUAUAAGGGUUUGGUCUUAUUUCAGAUGAUAAUUGAAAUAGUUAGAUUGAAGGAAAAAUGGGAGGUGGGUUUAGAGUGCUUCAUCUUGUCCGGCCCUUUCUUUCGUUCCUGCCCGAGGUUCAGAGUGCGGACAGGAAAGUUCCCUUCAGAGAGAAGGUCAUAUACACUGUGAUAUCACUCUUCAUUUUUCUUGUCUGUAGUCAGUUGCCUUUGUAUGGCAUACACUCCACGACUGGUGCAGAUCCAUUCUACUGGAUGCGUGUUAUUCUUGCCUCGAACAGGGGGACUGUGAUGGAGCUCGGGAUCACCCCAAUUGUGACAUCUGGAUUGGUUAUGCAACUGUUGGCUGGUUCAAAGAUCAUUGAAGUUGAUAACAAUGUGCGAGAGGAUCGUGCACUCCUGAAUGGUGCACAGAAGUUGUUGGGAAUCUUGAUUGCAGUUGGUGAGGCUGUUGCAUAUGUUCUUUCAGGGAUGUAUGGCAGUGUAGGCCAACUCGGUGUUGGAAAUGCAAUCCUUAUCAUCCUACAGCUUUGUUUUGCUGGAAUUAUUGUGAUUUGCCUUGACGAGCUUCUCCAGAAGGGAUAUGGUCUAGGCUCUGGUAUUUCACUCUUUAUUGCCACCAAUAUUUGCGAAACCAUCAUCUGGAAAGCCUUUAGCCCCACCACCAUAAACAGUGGCCGUGGAGCUGAAUUCGAAGGUGCCGUUAUUGCAUUGUUCCAUUUGUUGAUCACUCGGACUGACAAGGUUCGAGCUUUACGGGAGGCAUUCUAUCGGCAGAAUCUACCCAAUGUUACGAACUUGCUUGCCACAGUUUUGGUCUUCCUCAUCGUCAUUUACUUUCAAGGGUUCCGUGUGGUUCUACCCGUGAGAUCAAAGAAUGCUAGAGGACAACAAGGCUCAUACCCUAUCAAGCUGUUUUACACUUCCAACAUGCCGAUUAUUUUGCAGUCUGCUCUUGUUUCUAAUUUGUACUUCAUUUCCCAGCUGCUUUACAGGAGGUACAGUGGUAAUUUUCUUGUGAACCUCUUGGGAAAGUGGAAGGAAUCUGAAUAUUCGGGCGGAUCAGUCCCUGUUGGAGGUCUUGCAUAUUAUAUAACUGCACCAUCCAGUUUGGCUGAUAUAUUGGCCAACCCUUUCCAUGGACUAUUUUAUAUCGUGUUUAUGCUUUCGGCAUGUGCUCUAUUCUCGAAGACAUGGAUUGAAGUCUCGGGAUCUUCGGCCAAAGAUGUCGCCAAGCAACUUAAGGAACAACAAAUGGUAAUGCCCGGUCACAGAGAAUCGAACUUACAGAAGGAGCUCAACCGAUACAUUCCCACGGCAGCUGCUUUUGGCGGCAUGUGCAUUGGUGCACUUACUGUUUUGGCCGAUCUUAUGGGCGCAAUUGGUUCGGGCACAGGUAUUCUUUUGGCUGUGACCAUCAUUUAUCAGUAUUUCGAAACGUUUGAGAAGGAAAAGGCUAGUGAGCUUGGAUUCUUCGGUUUCUAAAAGACAUUGUGCCCGAGAAAAAAAAACAAAAGCAAAAACUAAACAUUUUUGGCAAGUCGCUGGAAUGUAAAGAAGGAAUCUUGGGAUCGAUAGCUGUGGAAAAUUCCGAAAGUGGAAAGAUUGUAGUUUCUUAGUCCCUUUGUUAGUUUUUGUUCUCUUGUGUGGGCUUUGUUUAAUCAUACAGUUUUAGAUUUUUUCUGGGAUCAACUUCAAGAUUAGAGUUGAAACACUUGAGCCACAGAAUACUUUCUGCUAAUGAAUAUGUUCUGCUACUUAAUUUUCCAGGUCUUUUUUCCCCUCAUAUUUUUUUUUUCUUCCUUUUUUUCUCUUAAUGAUGCCGUAUUCAAUGUUGGUUGGGCAUAAUGGUGGUGAGCUUAGAGCUUUUCAGCGAAACGAGCUGUUCAGUUGUUCGUUAGCUCGAGCUAGUUAAGGUUUGAUAAANAAUCUUUUAACAUGAUAU